AUGGACACCGGCGCCAAUGCCCAGGCUAGAAUCCGUUUCAAACGGCUGAACCAGGUCUGGAACCGUGCCCUCCAGCAGUCCGUCCACAAGAUCCAAAACUGGGACAAAAUCGUGUCUUGUUUCCCCGCGUACGCGUCCACAGAGGUCGGUAGCAGUAACCUUGCCAACUGUCAAAAACAAGCCGUGGAGUUCUGGAUGCAGUUGUGUCGCUACGAGUUCGAGGAAAUCUGCCGCGAACGCGACGUCGAAACCAAGCUCAACGACCUCGACGACCUCGUCGAUCGAGCCAAGACCACGCUUCAGUCCACCGAUAAAGACACUCCCCGGAUCUGCAUCGACCAACUGGACCCACACGAGCUUGUCGACGGUAAUUUGAAUUGGAUCCGUCGCAGGAGUCUCGAUGAGCUCUCUGAUCGUAUCCUCAAGCUGGAAGCCGUCAACGAAACACUUACGCAGGAACUGCAAGAGACUCAAACCGCCAUCUCGCAACAGUUGAGUCAACUCGAUCGCAUUUUCGACACCCAUCUCGGCUCUGAGAACCAGGGUGUAGACGAUACUUUGCGCCAGGGCCUCUUGGAUCUGUUACUAGAGCGGAAAGAAGGACAAGAUCCGCAAUUGUGA